AUGUCCGUUCCUUCUCCUCCAUUCAAAGUCCAAGCCACCUGGAGCUGGGGUGGUAAUAACAAGGAGAAGGAUCUAGGGUUCAUUGAGGGAGACAUUAUAGAUGUUUCUAAAAUUACCCCUGAUGGCCAGUGGUGCUAUGGUCUUUCGCUCAGAAGCAAAUUGAAAGGACGGUUUCCUAUCAAGUAUGUUCGUGUUUUGCAGAUCACCAAAUCGGAUUCCAGAAAGAGUUUGUUGGAAUUGAGAGAAUCCAAGUCUUCUAGAAGCUUGAGGCUGACUCCUUCCGCCUCAACGGCCAGUUUCCACCGCGAGUCCUCGGUUUCCACCCCUACAGACAUUACUAAUUUCAAUGAGAGUCCACCUCCGCCUCCAAAACACCAAUACUCCACCUACGAUAAGCUGUUUACCAACUCUUUUUCCCAAAGAAUCCUUGAUUCUUCCGCUCUUUCAACAGAUACUGAGCGAUCGUCGUAUUUUGGCCAUUCCGACUUCUCGGCCACGUCGGCUGGCUCUUUCAUGCGCCACAAGGAGUCUAAGUUCCAAUCAAGCAUGACCGACGGCAACAAGUCGGACCUGUUUAGUUCUAUGCUCGAGAAAGGCCCCAAUGCCAAACACCCAAAGUUCUUUAGAAAGUUCCUUGGCAAAAAGGCCGACUACGAGCCAACAUUAGACGACAGGAUCUUUAGCACAAAUUUGGACAAACUGGAAGAGGCAACCAUUGUGGAAUCUCCGGCUCCCGUCGAUACUCAACUGUCGCGUACACGGACUCUGAAUGGCCGCGACCGCGCAAACAGAAAGUCCAGAGUGGUCCAGCAGGACCCUGAGCUGAUCUUGCAGCCGCACAAGGCCAUUUCGGAGCUCAAUCUCGACGAAAAAACGUCCUACACGGCUCCUUCUGUUCUUUCUGUUUCAAGCCUCGGUUUCGUCGACCGGUAUGUGAAUGACCUGCCAGACGACCGGUUUGUGGGUCCAAACGAGAUUAUGAACAACCGCAUUCUGCCGAGGUUCUCCACCCCCGUCGAGCAACUCCGUGCAAUCUACUUUUAUUUGACAACUAGAUUUGAAAUCGUGAAGAAACCGCUUGAAAAGCUCAGUGCCAAAAUAUCUCCGUCAGAAUCGGUAUUGUCUGAUAUCAUGCACCGCAAGCGAUGCACUUCUCACCAACUGACCUGGCUGUUUUACAUCAUGGCCUCGCAUCUCGACUUGGAGAUGGAAAUCGUGCUAGGACGGUUCAAAACACCGUUCGAGCUGCUUGACUCCAAUCUCAACCUUAAUCAUUCGUGGAUCUCGGUGCUGGUUGAUGGAGAGUACCGGUUUGUCGACGUUGGACUAGGAAACCACACCCAUCCUAACAACAACGACCUCAACCUCGUGGACGCAAACUCUAUACAGAGUAACUCCAACUUCUACUUUCUGACCAAACCCCUAGAGCUGCUCUACACACACGUUCCUAUGCAUCAGGACCAACAGCACGUUGUUCCUCCCCUCGAUCCACUUGUCCAGCUGGCACUACCUCCUCUUUAUUUUGCAUUCAUCAACCACAGACUCAGUCUCUACAAGUUCAGCCACUCGUUGUUCCGUCUCACGGACUACGAACUGAUCGAGUUCGACCUCGAGGUCCCUGAAAACCUCGAUCUGCGUGCUCUGGUGCGUUCUUUCGACGGAGACUCCCAAACAGAAGCGUUUGUUCAGACCUACACCAGAAAGGAGAAAAGACUCGCCAAGAUCAAGGCUGUUCUGCCACCAAGAUGCUCUCUUGGGUUCGUCUGCGUAUACGCCAGAUCAACGCUGUCUGUGUCUUCCAAUUUCUCGAUGGUGAUAUCUCUGCCGUGCUCCCAUAAAGGAAAGUACAAGCCUAUCGAGUGGGUCAAGCUCAACGAUAAUAAUCACCAACUGAACAUCGACCUCUACAUCAAACAGCCCCAGAUCUUCGACCUGAUCCAGACCGUGCCGUACAACUUCCAGCUGACAUGCUCCAACAGAGAUCUCAAGUGCAACCUUGUUUCUCCGUCCGGCUCGUUCCACCUUUUGCAGUACAAGAACGGCGCAUACGAGCUGGUCAAACGUCUCAAAGAGCCCGGCCUCUGGAGACUGGUGGUGCAGAAAAAAGACUCCUUGCACGUCUAUGCCGAAUGGAAGUGUUCCUAA